AUGAGCGAACAGGAUGAGCCUGAUCGUUCGCCACGUGGCACGCAGGAGGUGACACGUGUCUACGUGGUGUCAGACAUCCACACGGAUCACGCGGAAAACAUGGAGUGGGUGGAACGGCUGGCGGCGACAUGUCAGAGGUCGGAAGGUUCUAGGAAGGGGAGAGACGUACUUAUACUGGCAGGCGACGUUACGGACAAUCUCGAGGUCAGGUGGGUCGUCAGUCUGGUGAGUCAUCAACUGAAUCGUCAGGAGAAUUGUCAGGUGAGUCGGCAGGUGCCUCUUCAGGGGAGUCGUCAGGUGAGUCAUCAGGUCCUCUCGCGCACCUUCCAGCUGCUGACAUCCGCCUUCCACCACGUGUUCUUCAUCCCUGGUAACCAUGAGCUCUGGUGCCGCCACCACGACCACCAUACCCACCAUAGCCAUCACACCCAGCACCAGCAGCACAGCGAGCACAGCGAGCACACCCAGCCCAGCAAUCAAGACCACCAGCGGCACAGCCAGCACAGCAACACCGGGGGCAAAGGAGGUGAACUGCCGGCCGGCAUUCCACCUUCCUCAGUGCCGGCCUCCCCCAUUCCACCUUCCUCAGUGCCGGCCUCCCCCGAGCUGUUCACCUCCCUGCACAAGCUGACAAAGGUGCUACAGUGCUGCGAGCAGUGGGGCGUGCGCACAGAGCCCAUGCGGGUUGGCGACGUUUGGAUUGUUCCGCUCUGGUCGUGGCACCACCAGAGCUUCGACACCGAGCCUGACAUUCCGAACCUCCGACUGCCAUCACUGCGUAAGGCCUGCAUGGACUACCGAGUGUGUGUCUGGCCGCCCCACCUCACUCCCUCUCACUCCCCUCCUCUCUCGCCCUCCCCCUCAUCCUUCUCCUCCUCCUCCUCCUCCUCCUCCUCCUCCUCCUCCUCCUCCUCCUCCUCCUCCUCCUCCUCCUCCUCCUCCUCACCGCACGUCACCGCACCACACUCCUCCUCACCCUUGCACUCUCUCGGGGACGGAGGUGAAGCUUUGGCAGCCCAUUUUGACAGCAUGAAUGAGCGGCCGCUGCAGCAGCUGGGAGCACAGCACCCUCAUGGCAGUGCUGCUGUGCCUCUGGGAGGCAGUGGUGUGGAGGGCAGUGGAGCAGAGGGGAGUGUGGAGGGCAGUGGAGCAGAGGGGAGUGUGGAGGGCAGUGGAGCAGAGGGCGUGCAGAUCAUCUCCUUCUCUCACUUCCUUCCCAGGAUCGAUCUGCUCCCCGAGAAGCGCAUGCUGCUGUAUCCGAAUCUUGCCAAGAUGGCGGGCUCCAAUUGGCUGGAGGUGCGUGUUCGUGCCGUGCACGGUCCACGUGGCAGCCCCACAGCGUGCCACGUGUUCGGGCACACACACUUCCACUGGGACUCUUGCGUGGAUGGCAUCAGGUGGGUUGAUGGCAUCAGGUGGGUGGAUGGCAUCAGGCCCCUCUGUGCUACCCCCGUGAGAGAGAGCGGAGACGACAGGCUGCUAGGAGUAGCAGCAAUGGAAACAGUAGCAGCAACAACAGCAGCAGCAGCAGCAGCAGCAGCAGUGGUAGUGUGA